GCUUGCAUAACAUACGUUACAAACCUUAAAUAUCCUCAACUUUCUUCAACUUUUUGCAUCAGCAUUAUUCUCUCUCUCCGCUCAGCACAUUUAUAUACACCCUCUUUUUCAUGCUACUGUUACUCAUCUCUGUGGGCUUUGUUCACAGUUUCAUACAUAAUUAAAAUAAGAAGAGAGAGAGAUAGAGACUGCAUGAUGGAGGGAGAAGGAGGGUCCGGCGAUGCCUGCUAUUAUUCGGUUCUGGGGAUUCGUAAGGAUGCCUCCUUCUCGGAUGUUCGUGCUGCGUACCGGAAACUGGCUAUGCAAUGGCAUCCGGACCGCUGUGAGAAGAAUGGAUUAAGCGCUGUGGAAGCGAAAGAGAGGUUCCAGAAGAUUCAGGAAGCUUACUCUGUGUUAUCGGAUGAAACAAAGCGAGCCAUGUACAAUGCGGGGAUGCUCGAUUUAUAUGUUGACGAAGAUGAUGAGGGAAUGAAGGACUUCAUGCGUGAGUUGUUCACCAUGGCUGAGAACUACCGAAACGACAACCUGAAUGCGCAGGAGAGCUUUGAGGAUCUGCAGAAGACGUUUAUGGAGUUAUUCGGUGAUGAUCUUGCAAAGAUGGCAGGAAAAGACAACUGCAGCUCAAAUGAGUUCAGAACAUCUGGUCGGUGCCAGUGAUGUUCUUCAGCCACCGGUUGAGUGAUGUUCUUCAUCCGCCGGUUGCGUUAGAUUAACUUUUAAGUGUCUGUUGUUUCUUUCGUGUAGAGACUUAAGCCUUUAUGUCAGAUUUCCUUAAGAACUUUUAAGUGGUCGUGUAAGAUUAAACUUAAAGUGCUUGUUGUUUCUUUCAAGUAGAGACUUAAGCCUUUAUGUCAGGCUUGUUAGAAAACUUUCAAGUUUUUAUCUCUGUUAAGCGUUUUUUUUUUACUUUAAUUCUGCUAUCUGUGAGAUGCUUUGAUUUGUUUUGGUUGGUUGAUGUGUCGGGUGAAUAGGUGAACAUUAUUUUGAGUUUUUGUAGAGUGCAAACGAGUC